UCAGCUCCUCACUUCUUCUUUUAACAAAAAUUAUCAUGAGAUCAUUCGCUUUAUCUAUGUCAUUAAUUUCUGUGGCUUCGGCCUUGCAACUUCAGAUUUCCAGCAACGGAAACUUGAACGGCAGAAACCUUUACACCACCCACGAAGGUGCUGGUAUCAACUACUUUUUCGUCAGUGAUGCCGGUGUGGCCGGUCAAGAGUUGGAAUACGAUGCCGACUCCAAGGUACUUUCUAUUCCUGACACCGGAGACAUUCCAUACGAUGUGACCUUUGAGGGCGACGUUUUGAUUGCGGGGGUUUUGGGAGCUUCUGAGGUUGACAUCAGCGACAAUGGUGAUGUUACCAUCAACGGUACCAGCACCUUUUUCAGUUGCAACCACAUCAACGACCCAUACCAAUACUCGGGAGAUAUCUACGCGGUGUUGAAACAGGAAACUGGGGAUAACUGUUGGCCACUCACCUUGAAGGCCGUCUCCGAUGAUGCUAGCUCGACCGCUUCUGCUCCUGCUUCUUCUACUUCUUCCUACGUGGCUCCAUCGGCUCCAUUCGCCAACACCACUGUCACUGACGUCUCCACUGUCACUGACUACACCACUUACUGCCCAUACCCUACCACCAUCACCAUCACCACCUGUGACACCACCUGUGCCCCUCACGUGGUGACUGUUUCUGAAGCAAGCACUGUGACGGUUACUGGUACUUGUGUGGUGCCAGUUGCUUCCACCACCACUCCUGUUCCAACCACCGUCAAGGCUAGUACCACUGCUAAGGCCACUUCCAGUGCACCUAAGUCCACCGUUGCAGCUAUUUCAACUCAAGCAAACGGAGCUGCUAAGCAGGUUGCUGGUAUGGGGGCUUUGGCAUUGUUGGCCGCUUUGGUGUUGUAGACUGCAUUUUUUCGUUCAUAAUUAUCUAAUUGACAUUGUUUUUACUG